GAUUAGAUGCAUAAAAGUCAUGCGUGUGGCAUAACCUUUGUUUAGCAUAGUACUCUCCGUGUACAUAAUAGAGCAAGUAUAUACUAUUGCUAUAUUAAUGAUCUAUGGUUAAUGUCAUUGAAGUGAAUCUACAGAAAACAAUUUCUAUUAUAAAUAUUGGAGUCAAAUUUACUAAAUAGUGAUGUAUAAAUCAUUAAACACACUUGGAAGAAACUACAGAGCAGCUUUAAAAUUACAACGCCCUAUAAUCUAUCGAAUGGUAUCAGUAAGAUGUCAAUCAACUCAAGAAAAAGGAGGUAGUCUUACUACAUCAUCUUCAAAGGCAGAACUAGAUACAAAUGUAAAACCCUUAGGAGAAAAAGUGAAAGAAACUACGAAGACUGUAUCUUAUUUAGGAGUUAUUGCUUUUGGAUUAGUAGUAACAGGAAGUUUAUUUUAUGCAGUAUUCAAUGAAUUGUUUUCAAGCAAAAGUCCGAAUAAUAUUUAUUCAAAAGCUGUUAAAAAGUGUUUAGCUGAUACUAGAGUAGAAGAUAAGUUAGGUAAACCAAUUACUGCUUAUGGAGAACAAACCAGAAGGGGUAGGAGACAGCACGUUUCCCAUGUUAUUUAUACAGGAAAAGAUGGUAGACCACAUUUAAGGAUGAAAUUUCAUUUAAAAGGCUCGUUUCACUCAGGGACAGUUAAUUUGGAUAUGGUCGAGAAUGAUGCCGGUGAUUAUGAAUACAGAUAUAUGUAUUUGCAAGUCGAUGACAUGCUUAAAAAUGUAAUUGUUUUAGAAGACAAUAGACACAAUUCAAGUCCUACGGAAACUGUAACUUCGUUUGAAGAAAUUACUUAUUAAUUUCAAAAAGUCUCAUUUUAAUUUGUUUUGUUGAAUUUGUAAUGAGUUUAUUGUUAAAACUGGAGUGACUGCAAUAUAAUCUUCUAUAUUAA